AAUAAAACAUGGGCCUCCUGCAUUCUUGUAUUGUGGUGGAUCUCACAUACAAAGAUCGAUGUUCGCCAUUACGUGAUUAAAUUUCAUGCAGGAUUGUAGGCAACAGAGACCACUGGCGGACUUAAUUUAAACAUCAAUUUGAAGGGAACAGUUUCAUCUUUAGCCUCUAGAAGUUUCAAGCCAAAUCACGGAUUUUAAAGGACAUUACGAAGGAUUUGAAAACACCAGUGCACAGGGCGUCGAAGAAAAAAUCGCCAGACAGACGUGGAGUCACGUGGUAUGAUGAAUAAGCCAAAUUUUAUUGUUUCGAUCGCUGAUAAUAUGAGGCUCUGUCAAGAGAUCUAAGUAAAUAUGGUAAAUUGUAACACGAAGAGAUAUAAAUCUACAAUUUUUAUUGUGCACAAUUUUCAUUAAGAGCUUUGAAUCAAGCCCCUCCUGAAAUAGCAUCUUACGCACUAACGCAGUCACGUGUUUCAUAAAAGGUGACCUCGGAAAUCCGCAUUUUUGGCAGCAGGUGACUGAACUGAUACGAUCGUGACAUAAGAAAAAUUAAUGUAGUCACUGUUUAAUCUUCUGAUCCCUUCACAGGGCUUGGCACCCAUGAGGGGCCCUCAAUGUCCGGCCCCCUGCCUCUAAGGCUGUGGUGCAUGGCGACGAUGGCGCCUGCUUUGACUGCGGAGGCUGCCACCCAAGCCCGUGUAAAGCUCUCUCCCAGUUCACCUAACGGUGAUACAUCGUCCAUCGUCAACGGCAGAGACCAUAUUGCCAAUCCCGGCGAUACAGACCUGCUAACUCGACGAUCGCCAGUUGAUCAAACUGCAAACAAGCCUCAGAUAACUCUAGCAUCACACAUUCACAAAAAUCUUGAUACAAGAACUCUGAACCUUGCUCAUCAGAGCAGAAUAAUCAAACUUGCCCUGGGAACGAAUCGAAACAACAAUCACCACAAUCACUAUUUAUCUAGUGGAUUGUCUGAAGGGAAAGUGUCCACAAACGGUGAUAUUGCUAUGGAAAAUGGUGACAAAAUGACUCAUUCAAAGAUUAUCAAGACAAUUUCAGUUACAGCUGCCAAUGGGAAAAAUGGCUUGCAGAGAGCCACCAAUGGAAAUACCAAAACUAUUACCAGUGUAACACUACAGAACUCCAAAGUGCCUAAAAGUACAAAUUUGAACUCGGACUCCAAUACACAGAAUGCUAAUAAUGUAAACAACAAUGCUGCCCAGUCUUCUACGGAUGAUGGGUCAGAUCAGCCAGUGACCAAUGUUGCUGGGAGCAGUAGAGAGUCACAGGCGACAACAAACAACUCUGGAUCCUCUCGUCCAGAAAAUAACAAUGACAGUUCGCACAGACAACAACAUCUUGAGAAACGUGCCACACGUUUGUUGAAACGCCUAAGGCGCUUGCAGGCUCAGCAAGCAGUCACACACACGCGGCAACAGAUGAUGGGGUUUGUAACCACACAGCAUCGUAAUCUACAGUCCAUAGCGAACAGCAACAGGCUACCAGACCCUAAUCUGUUACCUACCACUGAUCUCAAAACUGAACUUCUUCAGAGUGAGGAUGUAAAAAAUUUGUCCACUGCAUCGUUAGUAAAUCUGGUUCGUAGACUGCAGGCGUCGCAGAUAACACUGCGCCAGCGCCUCUCAAGCAACAACACAGACUCUCGUAGUGUGUUAACGUUGGACGAAGAACUUUGUGAUGAUAUAGAUAGAACGGCUGGGAAUUUAUCAAUGAAUUUACGACAUGCAGAAUCUGCAAUCGACUCUGAUGCCACAGAGAGCAGUUCUGGAGGUGAAAGUUGUGAUGAAAUGGACUGGGAAGAGUGUGAACCAACAAAACAUCAACUCCCACUACACAGGCGGGGAGAAUGGAAGUGGGCAGCAGAGCGCUCAUCGAUAGCGUCGAGGUGGACGUGGCUGCAGGCACAAGUGUCAGACCUCGAAUACCGCAUACGCCAGCAGAACGAUAUCUAUCGUCAGAUCAGGGCUGCAAAAGGGCAGGUCGUCCUUGGUGAGACGCCUCAACCCGAAGAUCUUAUGGUCAGAUAUCGCCCCUCAAGGACUGGCGGGAAAAAGCUUUCUCCUAUUGAGGCCAAGAUCGCAGAUAUUGAGAAGCGCAAUGAAAUGUCACCGUGCAAUCUAUCAACUCUGCUCAAUAAUAUAGACAAGCAGUCAUCUAAAUUGACACAGUCUCUUGGCAACUGUUACUCUCCUAUCCAGGCUAGCCCGCUUGCUGCCACCACUGCAGCAACGGCAACAUCAUCAACAGCAGCAGCGGGAGCGGCACCCUCUGUAUCUUCGUCUGUGUCUUCAGGAAAACAUAGCCCUGCCAAACCUAACGGUGUUCUAUCACCCUGUGGCGCUCAACCUGCCAGUUCUUCAGAAACUGAAACUGACAGUAGUGGUAAAAAAGUGAAGGCAGGAGACUCCUCUACCCCUCAGGGACUGGCCACCCCCUCCCCGGUUGGUUCGCCUAAUCUCGAUGCCACUUGCCAAGCGGCACGCUGUCGCCCUGUCAAAAGCUAUAGAAAGAGGAAGUUACUGCGAACCUUCGGUGUGCAUCACUUGAAUCGUAAAGCUGCACGGUUGUCGACGGUGACGUGUCAUUGUUACCCUCCAACGACCAGUUGUUCUUUGUGUGGUGGACGGUACAACAAUGUCCAGUCCAUUGACCAGUACACCAUGCCAGUGCCGGAGAGGGUGGCUCUACUUGACCAUUCAUACCAUGCUGUCUUGUCGUUCUCGCACG